AUGGUAAAAAGCCAAGAGACUAAAGAGGGUAGACGCCAGGACGUUGACCUGCAUCACUCGGUUGGUCAUUGUGAAUGCCACAGAGACGGCUCAGUUCUCCGUAACGCACCUCGUUGCGCCAUCGUGGAGUUGCUACGUCUCGCGCCUGCACGUCAUGCUGCCGCCAAGGUCCAGUUUGAGCACAUGCCUCAUGUGGGCAUUGUUCGUCAAUCUGAGAAAGCAUCGUCCCUUCAUAUGGUUUCCAAGGCUGCUUCAGGUGACUGGCGCCCCUGCGGUGACUACAUGGCCUUGAACAACGUAACUAUCUCGGACCGCUAUCCUGUCCCGCAUCUUCAGGAUUUUACCGUAGCCCUUUACGGCAAAUUUGUGUUCUCGAAGAUCGGCUUGAUCCGUGCUUUCCACCAGAUUCCCAUUGCUCCGGCGAACAUUCCAAAAACGGCCGUCACUACACUCCUUGGCCUCUUUGGACUCCGCAACGCCUCACAAAACUUCCAAAGAUUCGUAGACAAAGUACUUCAUGGCCUACCCUUUCUUUACGCCUAUAUCGACGACCUUUUGAUUGCCAACUCCUAUGCCAAAGAACACAUGGAGUAUCUUUAA